UGGAAGUGUGUUUCAGACUGCUGGAGGCUGAGGAGACCAAAGCCACCUCUGAGAGUUUAAAUAAGGAGUUGAGUGUUUCAGAACUCUCCACUUUGAACCCUGCUCUGAAGCCUGACGUGAGAGAGCCAUGUCUAUGACCCUGCAAGCUGUCAUCUACAGUCUUCAGGAGGAGCAAGCCAGGCUCAGGAUGAGGCUGCAGGAGCUGCAGCAGCUCAAAAGGGAGCGCACAGGCUCUUCCAGAGACAAGAUCCCAUUCCCAGUGCCCGAAGUCCCUCUGGUAUUCCAAGGCCAAACUAAGCAGGGCACACAAGUGCCCAAGUUCCUAGUUUCUAACUUGAAGAUCUGCUGCCCUCUGCCUGGAGGUUCUGCUCUGGUCACCUUUGAGGACCCCAAAGUGGUUGAUCGGCUGCUACAACAAAAGGAACAUAAAGUUGACAUAGAGGACUGCCGGCUGCGGGUGCAGAUCCAGCCCUUGGAGCUGCCUGUGGUGACCAACAUCCAGGUGUCCAGCCGGCCGGAUAGCCACAGGGUGCUAGUCAGUGGCUUUCCUGCUGGACUUAGGCUGAGUGAGGAAGAGUUGCUGGACAAGCUGGAGAUCUUCUUUGGCAAGGCCAAGCACGGAGGUGGGGAUGUGGAGACCCGGGAGAUGCUGCAAGGAACCGUCAUGCUAGGAUUUGCUGAUGAAGAAGUGGCUCAGCACUUAUGCCAGGUUGGCCAGUUCAGAGUCCCACUAGGCCGGCAGCAGGCCCUCCUGAGGGUCUCUCCCUAUGUGAGUGGGGAAAUCCAGAAAGCUGAGAUCAAAUUCCAGCAAGCACCUCAUUCAGUGCUGGUGACAAAUAUUCCCGAUGUCCUGGAUGCCCAAGAGCUGCAUGACAUCCUGGAGAUCCACUUCCAGAAGCCCACCCGUGGGGGCGGGGAGGUGGAGGCCCUGGUGGUCGUGCCUUCAGGGCAGCAGGGGCUGGCUGUCUUCACUUCUGAGUCAAGCUAGAUCUGCAUGUCCACCUGCUGGGGACUGAGACCACUUACCACCUAAUACUACCAAGAUCAGUGAAAGUACCAA